AUGCAAAGAAAAUAUGACAAGUAUUGGGGAACUCCAAAUGUCAUUAACAUGUUGUUGUUGAUUGCAAUUGUGCUUGAUCCAUGUCACAAGUUGGAUUUUGUAAAUUGGAUUUUGGAUGAGUCAUUUGGUGUUGAAAAGGGAGGAGAACUCAAGUCAAAAUUGUCUACUUGCUUGAAUUCCCUUUAUAAUCACUACCAAGGCAAAGAAGAUGAAUCUCAAAGAAAUCAAGAUGCAAUGAUCAAUGAAGAGGAUGAAGAUGAUAUCCUGAAUAUUUAUUUACAGUCAACUGGACGUGAUUCAGAUGCUAAAUCUGAACUUGACAGAUAUCUGAAAGAAGAUUGUGAGCCUAGAAACAAGUCGGCAGAGUUGGAUAUUUUGGGUAGUGGAAGGGUAAUUCAACCCGAUUUCCUAUUCUUGCACGUAUGGCUCGAGAAGUUUUAG